AUGAUGUUAUCCACCCUCCGCGCGAGCCUCCUGCUUCUACUGAGCCAGCAGCUGCUCGGCUCAGGCAUCGCAUCCGCCGCCGCCGCCGCUGAGCAGCAUGUCCUCAAGCCGCCUCCCCAGCGACACCAGCACGCCGUCGACCCGGCGAUCCUCCGCGCCCUCGAAGCGCACGCCGACCCUGUCGACGCGCUGCUCUCCCUGCGACCGAGCCUGGCGGCGGAAAUGGCCGAGCCGCGCCUCCUGCACGUCUCGGGCGAUGCGGCGCCGCGCUGGAUGACCGAGGGCGACAAGCUGCGCCUGCGCCGCCAGCGCCGCAAGUUUGCCGACGUGACGGACCAUGAGGACGUCUACUACGCGAUGAGAGCGGAGGGAGGGACAGGCGCCCUGGCGGACAAGGCUCAUCUCCCUGAGCUGGUGAACCAGCGCCUCGUCAAGCCGCUCAUCGAGCAGGUCUCGAUCGCGGAGAUGCGCAGCAACUUGGAGCACCUGACGAGCUACUACACGCGGUACUUUGGCAGCACGACGGGCGAGCAGAGCGCGCAAUGGAUCCACGGCCAGGUCGCCGAGAUCAUCCGCACCGCGCCCUUCCACACGCACAUCUCGCUCGAGUACUUCCCGCACCGCUUCCCGCAGCCGAGCGUCAUCGCGCGCUUCGAGCCCAAGGCGCGCAACGCCUCGCUGCCGCUGACCGUCGUCGGCGCGCACCAGGACUCCAUGAACUACCUGUUCCCGCUGCUGCCGGCCCCGGGCGCCGACGACGACGGCUCCGGCACCGUCGCCAUCCUCGAGGCCCUGCGCGUGCUCGCCCGCAGCGGGUACACGCCGCGCGGGGGGCCCGUCGAGUUCCACUGGUACGCGGCCGAGGAGGGCGGCAACCUGGGGAGUCAGGCCGUGGCGCGGUACAAGAGGGAGUCGGGGGCGCGCAUCGGCGCCAUGCUCGAGUUUGACAUGGUUGCGUUCAUCGCGCGCAACUCGACCGAGUCCAUCGGCCUGGUCGAGACCAUGGCCGACGGCCCGCUGACCAACUGGACGCUGAACCUGGCCCGCGAGUAUACCUCUCUGCCGGCCAGGGCAUACAAGCUGCCUGCCAACGCCGGCUCCGACUACAUGUCCUUCACCAACUUUGGCUACCCGGCGGCCUUUGCCACCGAGGGCAACCCCAUGGCGGGCGGCGGCCUGCCGGGCGACUACGACCCGUACGUGCACGGCGUGCGGGACACGCUCGACGUCGACGACGAGACGGGCGUCUUUUCGUUUGAGCACAUGGCUCGGUUCGCGGGGCUCGCCAUCGCGUUUUCCGUCGAGCAGGCUGGGUGGGAUAACACGUGGAGGUGA